AUGCCGUCUGGUAGAGCUGCGUCUCCGCCUGCGGUUGGGGAUCUGGAAGUAAAAGUCAAAGCCUUGCCUAACACAGCUCCGGGACUCGAUGGAGUGAGUGCGAGAAUCGUGAAGAAUGUUUGGAUGGCAGCACCGAGGGAAUUUCACUCGUUGUACGCCAAGUGCAUGGUGGAGAGGGUCUUCUCCAAGGUAUGGAAGGACGGAAGACUGAUUGUCAUUCCCAAGGGUAAUGACAAGCCGCUCACCGAUGCCAAGGCAUACCUUCCGAUAACGCUCCUCCCUGUUUUGGGAAAAGUAUUGGAACGCCUAAUGUUAAGAUGUGCUCCUGCGAUUAGUCGUGGGAUAUCUGAGCACCAGCACGGUUUCUCUCCGGGGCGAUCUACGGUAACAGCGCUGCGUGUCAUGCUCAGCACGGCUAGGUAUUCUCGAGCAUGCUACGUGCAGACAAUCUUUCUGGAUAUCUCCGGCGCCUUCGACAAUGCCUGGUAG